AUGGCGCAGUUCUUCAAGUCGAGCGCCUUCGACAACUCGACGAGCGUCGUGUGGAGGAUCGUGUGCCGGUCGAGGGACUUGCGGAUCUCUUGGGUGAGCAUGCGGACGUGCAAUCCGGCCUCCUUGCGCUUCGUUAUCAACGCGACCUCGCGGUCGAGGUCCCACGUCUUUUUCUUCAACAGAUGUUCUCGAGCCUUUAGUUUCAAGAGCAAGGGGAGGAGGGUGACGAGGGUUAUGGCGGUCGCGAACGAGACUAAGGCGGUGAGGAAUUUGAAGACG